AUGAGUCGCAUGGAAAGUAUCAAAGAGGCCACUUAUAUAGUGAGUGAACAGGGUCGUACAAGACCAGAAUCCAUAGAACUAGAUUUCAUUCCAGAGUUGGGUACUUCAUCAGCAUUGGGUCAUAGCACCAUAAGAAAAGAUCAAGAUUUCACAGAACAGGCUAUAGAGAAAGCACAAAAUGAAGAUGGUGAUGAUGUUUCUAUCCUAGAUGAUGACUUAACAUUCCCAGAUGGUGGGUUAGAAGCUUAUCUGGUUGUAUUAGGAGCCUUGUUAUCAUUGAUUAUUACAUUUGGUUUAAUGAAUUCAAUUGGUGGUAUUCAAGCUUAUAUUUCAAAUCAUCAAUUAUCAAAUAUUGAAAACCAAAGCUCUACAGGAUGGAUUUUCUCAAUUUAUUAUUUUUUUGCUUUUGGUGGUGUUAUUUUAACAGGUCCUUUAUUUGAUUACAAAGGUGCUAAAAUCCCCAUGAUUUCUGGUUCCUUGUUAAUUUCAAUUGGUUUAUUUGCAACUGCAAAUUGUUCCCAGAUUUAUCAAUUUAUAUUAGCAUUUGGUGUUACUGUGGGUAUUGGGACUAGUUUCUUGAUGAGUUCUGCAUUAGGUGCAGUAGCUCAUUGGUUUGGGAAGAAAAGAGGUACAGCUUUAGGUGUUUGUUCAAUCGGAGGUAGUUUAGGUGGUGUAUUAUGGCCAUUAAUGUUGAAAGAAUUAUAUCCCAAAAUUGGAUAUGCUUGGACCAUGAGAGUGUUAGCUUUCUUGGGGACUUUUUGUCUUGGUAUGGCAUGUUUAUUGGUUAAACAUAGAUUAAUUAAACCUUCAAAUGAAGUUAUCAAAUCCCCAAGGCAAUUGUUUCAAAAUUCAUUUGUAUUGAAACAAUUCAUUACAGAGAAAAGAUUCUUAUAUAUGGGGAUUUCAAUUUUCCUUUGUGAAGUUUCAUUAUUGUUUGUUACAACUUAUUUAAGCUCAUAUACAAUUCAUCAAGGUUAUUCUGAAUCAGAUGCAUUCUUAGUUUUAAUAACAUGUAAUGCUGUCGGAAUCUUGGGUAGAUAUUUCCCAAAUCAUAUUGCUGAUCAUUUUGGUAGGAUAAAUGUCAUGGUAAUAACAGUGGGAGUUUGUAGUUUAUUAAUCAUGGUGUUAUUAUAUCCAUUUGGAAAUAAUUUGAAAACAAUAUAUGCAUUUUCAGGACUUUAUGGGUUCUUUUCAAGUUCAACAUUAUCAUUGACACCAGUAUGUUGUGGACAAAUAAGUAAAACAAAAGAUUUUGGUAAACGUUAUGGAACUAUUUAUUCAUUAGUUUCCAUUGGAAAUUUGAUUUCAUUACCUGUUGGUGGUGCUAUAAUAAGUUCAAGUGGGGAUGGUUACAAAAAUUUGAUAUUAUUAGCUGGUAUUACUGAAAUUCUUGCAUUAUUAGCAUGGUUAAUUACAAGAUACUAUUGUGUUGGUAUGAAAGUCAUGUGUAAAGUCUGA